AUGGCCCACACAGACAGCAAGCUGGGGUCCCCGCCGGUGGCACCCUCGUCCCCCGAGYUGGAGUGCCAGAUCUGCUACAGCGGCUUCGACGCCCGUGCCCGCAGGCCCAAGCUGCUCCGCUGCGGCCAUCGCCUCUGUGCCCGCUGCCUGCGCAGGAUUGUGCCCCCGGGGGACGCAUCAACCCCUCAGCUCCGUUGCCCAUUCUGCCGCCAGCACAGCCCAGUGCCCGGCGGGGACGUGCAGCAGCUGCAGGAUGACAAUGAGGCACUGGCACUGCUGACAGGCCGUGAACGGGCCAAGAAAAGGGCUCCACCCMGAUCUCCCGAGGUCCUCCUUUGUCCCAGUGUGCUGGAGCCCACAUCCAGCCCCGACUGCCUCGUUGUCACCAUCCUGGAGGUGCCAGAGGACGUGGCCCCACCAGAGAGCCUGGGCAGGCUGGAGGUGGUGCGGCUGUACCGCCCCACCAGCCUGGGUGCRCUGCCCUGCCACAGCCCUGGGCAGAAGUGGCGCUCCUGGGGGUGGCAAGCUGUCCCCCGCUUCAUCCUGGGCGUCCUCUGCCUCCUCUACUUCAGCUCUCUGCCCUUCGGCAUCUACCUCCUGCUCAUCGAGCACCACAGCCUGGGCAUCAUCCUGGUCAGCCUUGUGCCCUCCACCCUCCUCCUCUGCAUUGUCUACAGCCUCUGCCAGUGCCUGUGUCUGGAGGUCUUUGGGUUCCCCCACUCUUGACCYAGCACGGCCAACCCCUGUGCCUGAGCCCGGGAUGAUUUGGGUUCCUUGGGGUACAGGUAUCUGACCCACAGCAUGCUCUGCCUGGACCACGGGGAGCUCAGUGCCUGGUGCCUUCCCAUGCAGAACAGCACUGGCUUUUCCAUGUCGGAGCUCAUGCUGGAGAGGCUGCAGGAGCUCGUUGCAUCCUACAAGCAUUCGGGCUGGACCUUCAGCUCCUCAUCCUCCUCCUCCACAGCAGACAAAGAGCAGGAGCCGGGACACUGAUCCCAACUGAGGAAGCACAAGUGCUGUGUGCUGAGCGCCGCGGCCGGAGGGGCCCCGGCAGGAGAGGGACGGGCAGAGCCCGGGGGCUCCUGCGGCCGGACUGGCCCCAGCACGGCUCCGUGUCCAUAGUGUAAAUAGUUCUGUCCGUGGCGCCCACGCUCCUCGUGGGGCUGCUCCCAUCGCAUCUGUGUUUCUUUCUCAUGUGUGAGUCCCGUGUUCGCUGACAUUGUGUCCUGGAGAGGGAAGGAGCAGAGGAGAAGCGU